AUGAAAGCUUGUAGCCUCCAAUUAACUGGUGACCUUGGACUAGUCAUCGUGGUCAAGGGGGCCUUAGAUUGCUGUGUUCUCUUCCCACCUGAAGGGUUAGCUAGUUGUAAGGGAAAUUCAGAGGAGCCGAGAAACGUCUGUCUGGGGAGAGUCAUCUCUGGCCAGUAUGAUCCCUUCAGCCUGAAUAGCACUGCCAAGUGCUUCACAAAGUGUAGGCUGACAAACGACUCCUGUAGUCUGGAAAACUUGCAGAGAUACUGGCAAGGCUUUGAGGUCUACCUGGUGGAGAGCAGUUCAACAGAGACAGUGAAUAUGACUUUUGUGAAGACUUUGGUCCGGAACUUCAGCACUGACACCUCAGAUGCUGUGAUCAUCUCCCUGACCCCUUCUCAGAUCCCAAGGCAGGUGAUGGAGAAUAAAGACAAGACCUCCGACACAGUCCAGCUUCCCCGGAGCUUUUUUGGAUCCUUUCGGGGCAAGAAGCCUAUGGUCCGGUUAGCCAUAACUAUCCUGGACAUUGGUUCUGGGAAUCUCUUCAAGGGCCCCCGGCUCAGCCAGGAGGAUGGCGGCAGUGUGUUGAACAAUCAUCUGGUGGGCUUGAGUGUGGGUAAUACACCUGUCACCGGGCUGGACGAGCCUGUGGAGAUCACCUUCUCUCACCAGCAGAACCUUUCCAACAUGACCCUCACCUGUGUAUUCUGGGAUGUGACUAAAGGAGACUGGUCAUCCAAGGGCUGCUCCACGCACCACAAACGUGGAACAACUAAGUGUCGCUGUGACCACCUGACCUUCUUCGCCCUGUUGCUGAGGCCGAUCCUGGAUAAGGCCACUGUCCAGGCGCUCACAUACAUUUCCCAGGCGGGCUGUGGUGCCUCCAUGCUAUUCCUGACCUUCACUAUCAUCUUCUACACUGUGCUAAGGUUCUCCCGGCAGAGGUUUAAGUCAGAAGAUGCCACCAAGAUCCACGUGGCCCUGAGCAUUAGCCUGUUUCUCCUGAAUUUAACCUUCUUCAUCAUUGUGGGGAGUGGCUCUCAGGGUUCCAAUGCUGCCUGCUGGGCCCGGGGAGCUGUCUUCCACUACUUCCUGCUCUGUACCUUCACCUGGAUGGGCCUGGAAGCCUUCCACCUUUACCUGCUCAUCCUCAGGGUCUUCAACACCUACUUUGGCCACUACCUCCUGAAGCUGAACCUUGUGGGCUGGGGCCUCCCUGCUCUGGUGGUCAUCUGCACCGGGAGUGCCAACAGCUAUGGUCGUUACAGAAUCCAUGAUGAGGACAACCGUACUACACUGGAGCUGUGCUGGUUCCAUAAGAACACUGCCCUCUACGUCACCGUCCAUGGCUACUUCCUCAUCACUUUCCUCUUCAGCGCUGUGGUCCUGGCCUUGGUGGCCUGGAAGAUCUUCACUCUGUCAAGUGCCAUGGCGGGCAAAGAACAGGGACCGAACUGGAAAGGGGUCCUUACUGUGUUGGGCCUCUCCAGCCUGGUGGGCGUGACAUGGGGGCUGGCUAUCCUCACGCCGCUGGGCCUGUCCACUGUCUAUAUCUUUGCAGUCCUCAACUCUCUGCAAGGGGUCUUCAUCUUCUGCUGGUUCAUCAUCUUCUACUUUCCCAGUCAGCAUGCCACGUCCUCCUCUUCUGGAACUGCCCGGGUUGACCAGGACCACUCUGUGUCUCGUGGCUAA